AUGGCGGAGUCUUUGAGUUCGAACUCGAUGAAAGGGAAACGAGGUAUUUUCUUCUUUUUUCAGAAAUCUGGUGGUUCGAUGUUAUGCAGUUGUUUAUUUUUUUAUCUCACAAUAUUUCUUCUUCUGAUUUAGAGGAGAGGGAUGAAAACCAAGAAAUCGAAAAGGCGAAAGUCUCCGGUGGACGAAGUGUAAGUGGAAGUUUUAUAUGACUUAUAUAAAUAAUCUUAGCUAAUACCACUGAAAAAGUUAUUGUCGGUGGCUCGACCCAGCGGGGAAAACGGGCCUACCUUUUAAGAUUUUCCACUUUUUCUGGGAAUUUUCCGGUGGACCCAGUGGGACGAACCGACGAAACGUGUUCCAUUUACCGCCGAACCGAAAAUUUUGACUAAAUGGAAAGCGCCCUCGGAUUUCAAGUGACAGGGAUGAUUAAAGGAUUUUUUAGGGUUUGAAAUUGUUGUUUUCGGGAUUUUUUAGAUAGGAAAAUUCUCGGGGUAUCCAAUUGAUGGAAAUCGAUGAUCGGAAAACCGAUUGAUUAAUUAAUAUCAAUCGAUAAAAUUAGUUAAUCGGUAUCGGUCAAUUGAUGAUCAGUCAAUAACCACACAGAAAGUGUUCAUCGAUUGCUAUCGAUUGGCACAGCAACCUUUGAACAAUGUCACGCACACUACCUGUCUGACCAUCCGCCAUUUUUAGGAAGCCCUGGGGACGAAAUACGCCACUUCCACAUUCCCCAUAAUGUACCUUAUUUGCCCCCCAAAUUUUACAUGAGCAUUGUUUUCAAUUUCUCUUGGAACAGCUGUAAUACCCAGGAGAAAUGGAAAACAAAGGUUAUGCAAAAUUUUGGGGGGCAAAUAAGGUGCAUUAUGGGAAUUGUGGAUGUGGCAUAUUGGUAAAACCUUUGUGACCCACAAUCUUCUCAACACAAAGAAUAUACCCUGUUGCACGUAUACUCGAAUUGCCCACUUGCCCAUCAUUGUCUUUACAUUGGGCAUUGGGCAUUGGGCAUUGGGCAUUGAAGAGAAAGAAGAGAGUAUCAUUUUCCUGUUAACGUUCAAAGCAUUAAAAUGAAAUGUGUUUACAAUUACUGCAUACAAAGAUAUGAAAUUUAUGCGCUGAUUCAGUCAAUCUGCAACCGAUCAUUACCAAUCAAUACCAAUUUAUCUAUCGAUUGUUAUUGAAAAUCAAUACCAAUCAAUAUUACCACAAGCAUCUUUGCCAUCGAUGGGUCAUCGAUUAUCAGUAGCAAUCGAUUAAUUGAUAUCGAUUGGUAUUGAUUGAUAUUGAUUGUCAUCAAUUAUCCUUUCAUCUAUUGGAUACCCCCAGGAAAAUUGUGGCAAGUAUUUUUUUGGGCAGCUUGAUUUAAGUAGGGAACAAGGAGAGGGGCUGACUAACGAGACUCUCUCCUUAGUAAGCCUUCAUUUAAUCGGAAAAGUGGCGGGGGGUGAAGUGGGGGAAAGAUGGUCCCAGCCCUCUGCCGCUUAACUGCUUGGUCAUCAUUGUCAAUCCAUUUUCACACAUGGAUUACUCAUUUACCUCUCAACCGAACAUUCUUAGGGCUUUGUCAUGUGAAAAAGCCCUAAGAUGAGAACAUUUCUGUGGGAGGCUAAUUAACUGGGUUGGCCAAAGGCUGGCCCAGUUUAUAAAAUACCUUUGAUCUUCUUUCUGGGGGUGUAUUCCUGGUAAUUUGUGGUGGGGUUGUGCAUUCCACGCUCCAAAUCCUGACCCUAGACCUUAUUUCAGAUCAAUAACUAUAAGGCAAAUGUAAGGGAGUACCCUCCUCCCCCCAGCCACCCCCGGGAUUUCAGAUCAAUAAUAUUCCUAUAAGGCAAAUAUAAUGGAGUAUCCCCUGGGGAUUUUCAUUGUCAUGGUGAUAAACAUUAUCAAUUAUUAACUUAUUAACGAGCAUGUUAAGCAAAGGCAGCCAUUAAAUGAAGAUGUGUUUGAAGUUAGCGUACUAUGCUUCCAAAAGGGUACAAUGUUCAAAUGAAAUUAUGUUUCACUCUCACAUGAGAUUCGGCGACAAAGUGAUGUGGUGGCCUGAGUGUGUACAGCCACCCCCUCUUCUCAGAAAAAAUCACACCUUGGCAGCCCAGUUAUAAUCACCUUUUGGUGAUUCUUGUAAUACAUAAACUGAACUAUACCCUAAAAUCACUUGUUCGUGAUUGGAAUUAAUGUCAUGUCACGAUAAUGUCAAAAUAACAUUGUUUCAGCUCUAACAUGAAUUUCCGCAUUUUCUUUGGAAAUGUUCUAUGUAAGCAUUGUUUUUGUUGCAUUUGUUUUUUCUUCCCUAUUAAUAGGCCCAACCCGAAAAAGGUAAGGGAUCCAAACAUAAACAAAGUAACAAAAAACAGAAGCAGAAGCCACAAUCAACAUUACCUCAACAAAAGGCUGAGCCACCAAUUGAUGGGAAAAAAGAUGACAGGCCACUGGCUGUUGGUGGGGCUGAUGCCACAGGUGAACUGCCACAAAAAACCAAAGCAGAGCUCAAAGCUGAAAGGAGAGUUAAACAGGUUUGCAAAUUCUUUUUAAAAUUAUAAGCUCUACACAGUGUUGAUUUAGGAUUUCCAGCUAGGGGUGCAAUGUGUUCCAGUCAAUAAUUUUUAGAGAGAAAUUUUGUUUUUUGGGGCGGUCACGAACUAGUGUUGAAGUCCUGUAGUUUGCGCAGCCAACGGUAAAAGGGUUUUGUUUCUUUGAUUUUUGGCAAAGCAAGCAGAGUAUACCCUGUGGUUGAUAAAACUUCAGCCAUUUGUACUUCUCUAGCCAGCUCUGUUGAAAGUUUCAUUUUGGCAACUUCGAUGCCGUGGACGUUUCUGCAGUUUCUUCUUUGUGUUGUUGCCCAAAAAAUGCUGAAAGCCUUCUUUGUUUUGAGACCACUUUGCAUUCACAUACGUCAAGAGAGGGGCUCUCAAUUAAGCACAUGGAUCUAUAAAAUCUACCUUCUGAUUUUGCACGAGGAAAAAUUAUGUUUCCUUGUUUCUUUUUUUUUUUUGAAACACAAUUUUGAAGUGCGCCAAAAUGACCCAGAACAGGCACUUGAAGGGGGCAUCUUUGUUAUGCUCAGGUUCUAAGUUCAGGUUAUUACUCCAGCACAUUAUUAACUUGUUUUUGUGAUAUACAGUGGAACCUCUCCUUUUGGACACUACUGUACAAGGGAUGGCACCUCCAUUCCGGAGACAAAAUUUGGUCCUGGAAAAAUGUUCACAUAAUGUUUGUUACGUCUAUUAAAAGGUCACCUCUAUUCAGGAAAAAGGGACACUUUUUCUUGGUCCUGAAACCCGAGUUUAACCUCCAUUCAGGAGACACUUUAUGACUCAAAAAGUGACUGACCACAAAAAUUAUAGAUUUAUAAGUUUAAGUCUUCACUAGUCACAAUGCUAACAGCUUUCAAAACACAAACUAUUUCACUUACAUCAAUGUACUACACUUGUGGGAAUUCAACAAGCAGCAUCAGUUGACCUGCACCGUUCUAUACCUCUUUUUUUUUGGUCCCUUUUAAUCUGCAGUUCCAUUGUUUUUAGAGAAAGGGGCAUUGUUAUGUCACAAUCCCUAUUGUCUUCACAGCCAAUCACAAACAGUAUUUCAAAUUGGUGCAGAUUGCCCCCACAAUAUCGUAGAAACAAGUUAAUCAUGGUUUUUUUUAUACAUUAUCUAGCUGUUUCAAAUAAUCACUGCAGCAGAUUCUGAGUCAGAAUAAUUAAAGAAAAAUAUUUGUUGGUUAACAAACCACUGCCCAAACUUCAUUCAGGGGACACUUGCCUUGGUCCUGAGGGUGUCCCCUACUGAAUAGAGUUUCCACUGUAUUCACUCUUGUAAUGACUCCUCCCUUGAUCCUCUGAAACAAAAACAUGGCACAUUCUAAUAGUGUAGGUUGCAUAAAAAAGUGUAUAUUUAUAAUUAAUGCACAAUAUAACAUGAUCUAAACUCCUGGAGUACACUGUAAACAUUCAUUUUCAUUUAACAUUUGUCGACCUAGGUGAAAUCAAAGUUGAGCCUGAAAUCAGAGACCAUAACAUAUAUACUGUAGGACUGAAAAUCAAGUAAUAUGUAUUUAUUAGAGCUUAUUUUUUGUGUCAAAAAAGGAAGCACAACGAGCUGCAAAAGCUCAGAAGCAGGCUGAUGCAGGAAUUAAGCACAAAUCCAGCAGUGAAGGUAUGGUUCCACGGUUAGUUUGUCAACAUGGAAGAAGUGUGGUGGUGAAUUGUGGUGCACUAGUUGGCCACCUGACUAAUCUUGAUGAUAUUAGAGAAGAAAGAGUUACUUAAUCCUUUCAUAAUGAUAUAAUAGACAACAAUUCAAUUUACAGGAUAGGAAAAAAACUUUCUAAACACAAUCUUUCAAUUCCUUUGCAGAAUCUUUAUCAUUGAUGGGUGUUUUGUCAUAUGAUUGAUACCAUUAAUCACGUGACAGAACGUCCUGAUAGAUUGCGGGGAGCUCAUAACUAGCAUCCCCUUCAAUGUUGGAUCCUGAUAAAAUAUUUUGGUGGCCUCACUAACUCUUCUCUUGAACGCGUCCACUUCUGUCAUGAGGAUCAAAGAGGAAGACAUAUCCAAGGUGUGGCCUUACCACUUUGGAUGAUCUCCUACUGCCAUUGUUGAUGCUCUUGUUAUCGCAACAUGUUCCAUGAAUCUCACUCUAAGAGGUCUAGCUCUCUCACCAAUGCAGAAGUCGUCACAGCCCUCGCACUGAAUUUCAUACCCCAUCCAAUGCUGCCUGAUGGUGUUGACAGGCUUGUGGAAUGGGCCAACUCCUUGUUUUUUGAAAACUUUCGUGAACUUUUUUUGCCGGGCUCCAACAUUGAAUAGGGAUGCUGGUUACAAACUCCCUGUGAUCUAUCAGGACAAUUUGUCUUGAGAUCCCCAAUAUAAAUCAGGUGACAAAAUGCCCAAAUCCAUCAUUUGAUAAAGAUUUGCAAUGGAAUCGAAAGCUGGUGCUUAAAUUUUUUUUUGCUAUGCUGUUAAUUGAAUCAUCAUUUAUUAAAUCUUGAUGAUGUCAUUGGCUAUGCAAUUGAGAUACCACUUGAUCCCACCAGUUUUGGCGUCAAAACACCUUGUCACAUUCACUUUUCACCUUUAGUGCCCAAUCAAACUCUGAGCUCAACUUUAACGUUGAAUUUUGCCUUUAUUUUAUGUAGGCCAUCGUGUUCAAGUUGCACAUGAUCUUCAAGCGGAUGAUGAGAAAGUUCAAAAGAAGGUUGCUAAGAAAUUAGCAAGGCAACAGGUGAGAACGAUAAAGAUAAGACAUUGUCAACAGUAAUCAUGUUACACUGUGGUUUGCAUAUAAUGGAAUACCCUGUGAAGAGAGGUUUCUUUAUGGCAUGGGCUUAAUCAUGAACAAAGUUCUUAGCAUCGCUGAAAUUUGCGUAGUCAUCCCAUUACAGAGACUCGAAAUUGUUAAGAACCUGUUUUUGUUUAAAAUCUUGCAUACAGAGUCCAAUAAAAUACUGGUCCCAGGUGGUCAAGUCUAGUGGGAUGUUAGAUUAUAUCAACUUCAAUAAGUUAAUUGGAGCUGGUGUCUUUUCCAUAAAAUUGUUGGCCAUGCAUGGGCCUGACAAUUUUGAGCAAGCCUAAUUCCCUCUGAUCAGUCUUUGUGGCCAUGAACAUCUCAUGAGAGAGAUGCCUGGAUUUUGGCCCAUAAAAUACUGUCCACACUGAUAAUGUAAACCUAUUUAGAAGUGGUGGUGUCAUUUGUUGAUGGAUUAUGAUCAAAGUACUAUUUCAGCUUUUCUUUAUUUAAUUAUAUUAUGUGAUUCUAUUUAUUUGAUCAUUUUUUUUAUUUACCUUGGCGCGACGGGCAGCCUUUGCCAAGUAUACAUACAGAAAUAAAAAUAGCUAUUAUUUACAAAUGACAGAUGAAAAUUAAUAAGAUAACAAAGAUCAAAAGUACAAUGUGCUGAGUCUAGAGUGUACAAAGUCUAACAAGGAAAACUGAUUUCCUCUCACUGGAUAUUUGCUUUUCAGGACGUAGUUCAGUUAAGCCUGCACCAAAUUGGCAGCAAGACUCCAAAGUUUUAUGAUAAUGAUCAAGGAGAAUCAAACACAAGAUCAAAAUAAUUAUGUACACCAUAACUUCUGCUACUACUAAAUCUGAAUGCCAUUAGUAUAGAAUUUUGAGACCAAAACUCAGAUUUCUCUCAAGUGUAAAACACCUCCAGCUGCAAGAAGGGAUGAUAGUUUUUAUGUGUAUUCACAGGCUAUAAUAAUACUUUUACCAGCCAUUGAUAUCACUUGCUUAUAUCCUAAAUUGUACUAGAGCAGAUCAUCAAACUUGAGAUAUAUCGAGUCAUUGUCGGUGAUUAUCUACUUUAUCAACUAAGUUGAUAAAACUAAAGGCAUUAAAAAUUUUGUUCACACUUUUGUUUUGCCUGUAGGUUCCCCAACGCACUACAACUCAAAAGAAAGUUGGUUUGUUUUCCCAUCUUCAUCAAUAUGAAAAGGAUUUGUCCUUAACACAAGGAAUAAGGUAAGAUAUAAAAGUGAGUUGCUGAUGACAGUAAUAACUUAGCUUUUAGUUUCUUAAAGACAAGUCUGUUAAUCUCGUACCCAGAUCUCCUGUUGACAAAGUCAAAGGCAAGAUUUUUGAUUGGCGCAAUUGUCAGCAAACAUGAUGUAACUGCUUUCUCCCACGUGCCCUAUGGCACGUGCAAUUCAUUCUUUGCGAAGUCUUCAGUUUUGUUCAAUGAAACAUUUUUCUGAAGACGUUUUCUGUCUCAUAACUUGUAAAACCAUUUUUAUCUUACCUUUAAAGACUUUUUACAGCUCUCUCUCAGUAUCAAUACAAGGAGUUUUAAAAAGGGUAAAAAAAAUUCUUGCAUAGAAUUUGAUGCGUACUGGUUUGAGCUUUUAUAGCGUGCUAUGAUAAUUUAAUUUGAACUAACUGUCUUGUUGAAUUUGAUGUUACAAAGAACAAUGAUGACUGAUCUCUGUGCAAUAUUCAGGGUAUGAAAAAGGUGCCUGCUAGCAUAGCUUAAGCAAGGAAAAGUAGUUGUUGUAAGACACAGAAUUGCCCAAUGGAGAGUGGCUUGUAGCUUGUACACUGUAGAGUUGUUUAUUAGGCCUGGGCACUGGUGGAUCUUGCUCAUAAAAAAUGCCAAGUAGAAUGUCAUCAUCUGAAAAAACUCAGUUGUGUUUACACUGGCCUAAUUUUGUGCCCAGAUCUUGCGCUUGUCCCUUUUUGGGUUGAACUUGGACUUCACUUUCACCUGACUGUAGAGAAGUGGGUAUAGGUUAACUUGGGCUGAGAAACCUCUACCUUAAAUUAAUCAUAAAGUCAGAUCCACUGAAUGUCUCAAGCUAUUAGUUGCCUGUAUUGAUAACAAUCUUUGUUUUGAUGAACAUAUAAGUAAUAUCUCUUAGAAGAGAUAUGCGUUCUCAUGAGGCUUAGUUACUUUAUACCGACACAAACUAAGUUAUAGUUAUAUAAGGCAGCUGUUCUCCCAUAUUUAACCUACUGUCAUCUUAUAUGGCAUUUUUGCCGUGCUAGCGAUUCUAGAUGACUACAGCAUAUCCAGGAAAGAGCACGUAGGGCUAUAUAUUGUGAUAAACAUUCGUCCUAUGGUCAAUUACUAUCUAUGGCCGGGCUAUCUACUCUGCACAACCGGCGAAUACAGGACAUAGCUGUUCUAAUGUAUAAAGUUAAAAAUAACAUGUACCCAAAAUACAUUGGCAGUGUCUUUGAAUAGCCUGCAAUUAAGUAUAAACUGCACAAUCAUGACUUCACUAUACCCAGAGUCAACACAGUCUCCUUUGGAAAGGACUUGGUCAGGUAUAUGGGCCCAAAGGUAUGGAGCUCUGUUCCUAGUAACGUGAAAAAAGCGUCCACAUUGUCCUCCUUCAAGUAUAACAUCAGAAAAGUGGAUCUUAGUAUGCUAUUAGAUGACAAUAACUGCUCUAACUGCUCUCUUUUUAUUCCUUAUUUUUUAUAAGAUAAUGGAUACAUUUGUACAUAUUGUAUCUAGUUCUCCCAAAUGUCUUAUUUGCUUAUACUGUACAUAGUUUUUCUUAAUAAUAAUGUAUUAUUAAUUAAUUAAUUAAUUGAUUUAUUCUUUUUUAGCUUAUUUUAGUGUCCCCACUUAGUGGUUAUACACCGCUAUUACAGUUUUGACACUUUAAUAAAGGCAUCAUCAUUAUCAUCAUUGUAUGACAGAUGUCUAAGUGAUACCUGAAACGUAUUGAAAUUUAAUUUGAUUUGUUCAUUUCUUGUUUGAUUGAAGUUUGGGUAGUGCCAGUAACAUCCAUCCAGCUAUAAUCACUCUAGGAGUGCAGUAUGCCAAAGGCAUCAUUUGUGGGUCAAAUGCAAGAUGUGUGGCUCUUUUGCUGGCCUUCAAAAAGGUUGGGUGUCACUUUGUGUGAAUUUUAUAAAAUAAUUAAAUGAGACAAGCAGAUGUGCAUUGAUAAACCUAUUAACAGUAGACUGCAAGACUGAUGUCUGUAUUGAUUAUUUCUUACUGUUUGUGGUCCAAGAAUCCCAAACCUAAUUUGCAGAACAGCUCAGUAGCUGUUCCAUUUUGUCUGACACAGCCUUUUAACCUACUGUACAAAAAAAUAAUGUUGUCUUCUCCUUAGCCUUCUCUGAUUUUUUCUGAGAUUAGGGGGCAGUGGCUCUACACAGGCUACUUCUCCUAUAAGAAGUUGAAUAUUUUGACCUUUAACGGUUGCAUCAUGGCAACAGGUAACAUAGUGCCUUAAAAAUAAUCAGUUCAGGUUUAGUGGUAUACUCUGCUUUUAGCAAGAAGACUUAAAAUUUAUUUGUAACCUUUUGCAAAGUUCUGUACAGCCCCUGAAAUGAUCCCCAACCCUAAAAUGAUCCCUAAAUUGGUCCCCAAGUGAUCCCCAAUUACUUUUUGGAAUGGAAUGGUAUCCUAGGACUGUGGAUUCAGCAAAAUGCACAACAUUAAUACAACAAAAGUAGUUUGAGUUUGAUCAUCCAGGUGAACGUAGUCGUGAAUAGGACUGUUGUUGUUGUCAAUGACUGACGUUUCGACAACCUGUGUGGUAGUCAUCUUUAGAGUCAAAGUGAGUUGUAUCACAUCAGUUGAUGACGUGAUAUAACCAGUAAGUUAAAUGUUUUUCUAACUAGUUGAAAUAGAGUGUGGUACGUAAAAUUUGUUACUAGUGAUGUACCGGUCAGUUUUAACAUAAUACAUGGACAUCACUGAAUCAAAGCAUAAAAUGUUACUUUCCUAAUAUAUUGGACAAGUGUAAAAAAGAAACCCGAGUCCACUUAGUGUUUGUAAUAUUUCUAAAACACUACCAUAAUGAUUGCCUCCAGGGGAGGGGGAAUGACUCUAUGAUGUACACUUUAUGUAGUUAAUAGAGAGGUGGAAAACCUACUAAAGUGGUGUUGAAUUUUAGAAGGAUGUAUUAUUAAGGGAUCAUUUGGGGGUUGGAAUCAUUUCAGGGGCUGUAAAAUUCACUUCUCUCCACAGUUAAUAGCCGAUUAUGUCACUCCAACUCAAAAGGAGCUGUGCAGGGAUUUGGAUGCUAAGAUUAAGCCAAAUAUAAGGUAUUGAAUAUUUCAUAAAUUAUUGUGGCUUGCACAAUAAAUAAUACUGGUAAUACCGAUUUUUGACAACGUUGCAGUUGCAUUCUAUUAUAAUCUGAUGGUGUAAUUUGUAACAAAACAUUGCUCAUUUAAGGAACCAUUUCCAAACUAGACCUCCCCGAUAAAAAAUGUUGUAUAAUUAUAUACAUUUACAAUGUCAUGCUCUUUUUGUCAUUGUUGUUGAUAUUGUUGUGACACUGUAUUUUGCAGUUUCUUGACACAGUGUCGUCCUCUGUCUGUUAGUAUGGGUAAUGCCAUCAAAUAUCUCAAGCUUCAGAUUACCCAUUCACCUCCUGACAUGCCAGAAGAACAGGUAUUCUGCAGAAACCUUUACACAACAUAAGAUCACUGACUGAGGAACCAUGGGUAACAUAACACAUUGUACACAGCAACCUGCUGUUAACCUGCUUUGCAUAUCUUUUUGUUGAUGAUGUAAUUGUGAACUGUCACCUUGUAAGCAGCGAUUACUUAAAAGUAAUGUUUGCAGCAUUGUCCUUUGAUUUCAUGUUUAUAUAUACCAUUUAAUACUAAGGAUUUGAGAAAGAUAAUUGUUUUAUAACAAUUAUUUUCAGGCAAAGGGCAAUCUCAUCAAGAGCAUCGAUAAAUUUAUCCAGGAAAGAAUCAUUUUAGCUGGAGUUGCUAUCUCUGAGACAUAUGCAAGAACCAAGAUUAAUGAUGGGGAUGUUAUACUAACUUAUGCCUGGUGAGUCUAGUUAACUCUGUACUAAAUCAUCUACAAGUGUUCGUUUUCAGGGUAAGCUUCACAUAUUAUUUGGUUCACUGCUAACUUGUUAUCUUUUGGCCUUAAGUUCUUCGUUAGUGUUAAAAGUUUUAAAAGACGCUCACAGUGCUGGAAAAAACUUCAGAGUAGUUGUUGUUGACUCAAGACCAAAGUUUGAAGGUAAGGUUAAAAUAUUGUAUAUAUUGUAUGUAGUAAACUUAUCACUGUGAAAAGAAAUAGUGCAGCACACUUUUUGUAUUUUAUUUGUUAAGUUCAGUUUCGCAUUUUUUAAAUGUUAUUUUUCUAAUUUACCGUUUUUUCCCCACUCAUUCAGAUAUUUUCUCUUCCUUACUAUUGCUCUUAAGUUUUGUAUGAAGUAGUUAACUUCUCAUUUGGAUUUGACUUGACAGUAUGACCUUUUUUUUUUAGGACAAGCAAAACAGACAACAUUAACAAGCUAUUUUUCCUUUUUCUAGGUCGGGAAUGCCUAAGAAGACUGGUGAAACAUGGGAUCAGAUGUUCAUAUGUCUUAAUAAGUGCCUUGUCGUAUGUCAUUAAAGAGGUAUGUAAUGAUAUGCAAGGGAAUGUAUGUACAGAAGAAGAGGAGAGGUUCAGUUAGCCAUGGUGUUCAAGUGUAAUAAUGUUUGAAGGUUGCAACUGAAAGAUAAAGAAAAUGAUUUAGUGAGCCUAAAUUAGAACAGCAACUACCAACAAAUUUUAUGUCAUGUCUUCUCGUCUUGAACAACUAAAGAAUUCAUUUUCCUGAUUUGGAGUGCAGCUAUGGAAUGCUUUACCUGAAAAUAUUAAAAUGUCUGCCAGUAGAAACUUAUUCAAGAAACAAAUACAUGAAACACAUAUUAAUAUUUUUCAACAAGAGAAUUUGUACCUUACAACCAUCUUCAAUUCUUGAAAUAAUUAAAAACUUGUUAAACUGUAGCAAUCCUGUAACUAUGACCAGUAUAGUGAAAUCUCUUUCUUUCUCUCUUUCCUCUGUGUAUUAAUUUUGUUUUAUAAUUUGCUAUUUUUAAGUUGAUUUAAAUGUUCUUAAAACAUAGCCAGUCUUAACAUCUUAAUAUGCUUACAGUUUUGAUGACUGUCAGUCAUCUUUAUCAAAACUUCAAAAACAUUAUAAGUGUCAGAAGCCUUAAAUAGGCUUCUGGAGGUGUUGAUUAUUGUGAUAAACGCGCAAAGUCACUCUGUAGACACCCCUUCCCCACCUGGUUUGGGGGUGGAGAUCACUUGUGUCCAUAUGGGAGAAAGCUGAUAGGCUCCCUCGUCCCUAUUCAUAGUAGGAGUGUUCGAUCUAAUACAUAUGCUUUCCUUGAUCCAUCGCUUAAACUUGUCGCUUUCCUGCUCAAGUAUUUCACUUGUUUCCCAAUUCAUAAUAUGAUUGUUCUGACAGACGUGGUCUGUUAUAGCUGAUUUAUGGUGUUCAUUGGUAGAAACUCUGCGGGUGGAUCUUGUGAAAUUUCUGUCAGAGAUCUUUUCUGCUUCCUUUCUGUGUUCUGUGAUCCUGGUUCUCAGCUGUCUCCCUGUUUCAUCAAUAUAUACCUUUUCGCAUUGGCUGCAUGGAAUUUUGUACACCACUCCAGCCUUUUUUUGCUUCUCAACUUUGUCCUUCGGGUGAACUAAAACCUGUCUGAGGGUGGUUUGAGGUUUAACCAUUGGGGCUACCUUGUGUUUAGUGAAUAUACGUUGUAUUUUCUCCGUGUAUAAGUGGACAUAUGGGACUGUCACCACUCCUCUUUAUUUUUCUUGUGCUUUAUCUUUCUUGGAUUUAUCUUUUCUAUAGCUUUCUUUCUGUUCAUUUGCUCUUUGACCUUCUUUAUCGCCCAAUCCGGGUAACCACAUGUAUGGAGGGCUGUGAUCUCCACCCCCAAACCAGGGGUGGAGGGGGCGUCUACAGACUGACUUUGCGCGUUUAUUGCAAUAAUUAACACCUUCAGAAUCCUAUUAAGGCUUCUGACACUUAAUUUUUUUCAAGUUUUGAUAAAGAUGACUGACAGUCAUCGAAACUGUCGUUAAGACGUUAAGACUGGCUAUGUUUUAAGAACAUUUAAAUCGACUUAUUAACUUCACUAGCCUGAUGAAUUUCUUCAAGAAUUUGCCAUUUUUAUUUGCCAUUUUUCAUUGCUGUUGUCAUUACUUUAAUUAACUAUUUAUUGUAAUCUUAACUGCUGCUUAUUUGAAAUCCUUGUAAGUAAAUAUGUAUAGUGCAAAAAACCCUAGUUGUAAUAAGCCUAACUUAAUCAUACCUACCUGCCUCGACUAGGUUUAACUAUUUGCGGGUAGGUACUAUUCAAAUUCUAAAUAUCUGUUUUGUAAUAAAUUGUGUUGUUGUUGGUUCUAUUAAGUCACAUAAAGUAUUAAUCAUUGCCAAUUCAAGUGGUGUAACUUGAGCAGGUUCAGUUUUGUGUAACCCUUGAUUUUAGUGACCUGUAAAUUUAAGAAGUCAAAUCGAAAUCCAGGGGAACUACAUAAUGGCAUAUUUAGCCUACUGCAUUCCAACACUGUAACCCUCUGUUGUUGCUAAAAAGCAACUACUGUAUGUAGGGAUAAGAUUAGUGUGACAAGUAUUCACAUGAAGCACACUCAGCUAAUUUGGUUUUGAGAUUCAUACUCGUACUCAAUCUUUCACUUGUAGUCUAAAGGUCCCUAUUGACUUGUGACUUGACAUGUGCACCAAUGCUCCCUUCUACAGGUAUCUAAAGUUUUCCUUGGUGCCCAUGCCUUGCUUGCCAAUGGCUAUGUCAAGUCACGUGUGGGUUCCUCUAUGGUUGCUAUGAUGGCGCAGGCAUUUAACGUACCAGUGCUUGUUUGUUGUGAAACGUACAAGUUCUGUGACAGAGUACAGACAGAUUCAUUUGUUUCCAAUGAACUGAGUAAGUUGCCCUUAAAACAGAUAUUUCUUUUAUAAAAAAGGUAAAUAUUUGUGGAAUAGAACAUGGACAUGAACAUGGAGAGAAAAAUGGACGAAAAUAGUUAAUUAGUGAAUUAAACCAUCUGUAUUUUGCCAAACUUGCUUCUUGCCACUCAACUUCAUAUUAACAUCUACUACUAUUCUCAAACCACCUCAAUCUGCUUUUUCAAAACGAGUUCUGGUCCCAGUUGUUCAAAAGGUGGAUAGUGCUAACUGCCGAAUAAAUCUCUAUCCACUGGAUAGCGCAAUUGGUUUUCCUAAUCCUUAUCCACUUGAUAGUGCUAUCCAGCAUUUGAACAACGCGGGCCUGGUGCUUAUCCUUACUUUUUUAGGAAAACUUUUUAUUCACAGUCACACAUUAAGAACCUCGCCUUGGCCUCGCUUUGAUGAAGAAACUUUUAUUUAAACAUGGGUUCUUCAUAUAUUUUCUAAACAGUCAAGCAAAAUGAACCUACAUAUAUAUAUUUUUGUAGAAUAUGCAAAGUAACUCUUUCCAUGUGUAGUUGUUAAUUAUCAAUGUUAUUGUAGGUGAUCCAGACGAUCUAGUACCGCUGGCCAGAGAAAGCGCAGAUGUUCUAUCUCAAUGGAGAGACGUCAAUUCACUACAUUUAUUGAACUUAGUUUAUGACGUUACUCCACCUCAUUUUGUAUCCAUGGUGAUCACUGAAGUAGGAAUGAUCCCGUGCACAUCUGUUCCAGUUGUGCUCAGAGUCCAGAAUCCAGACACACAAUAGUUUUAAAAAUGGCAGAGACAGAUAGUGAGGGUUGUUCAAUACUCCGGCAAAUGUAUGCAUUGCAUUGUAUUGUAUUGUCGUCACAUUACAAUACUCUACAAAAGCAUAACAAUAAAGAACGAAGCAAAACAAUGAGAAAUGUAACAAAGCCAUGCAUAAAUUUGUCGGAUUUAACAAUCAAUUCUUAAAUAAAGAAUCU